CACGUUUUGUCUCACCUAUAGGAUCUUUUCGAAUUUUCACCGAUGCUAUCAUCUCUCGCCUUUAUUAGGACACAACCGUCAUCCAGUAUGGCGUUACUGUAUUUUUUGGAAAACGUUAAUCACCCAGAGAAAAGCAUUCUCUUAAACGAAGAUACAAUAAAAAUUGGACGAAGUCAAGAUUUACCUGUAUGCCUGUUAUCUGUGUGGAUUUCUAAACAUCAUGCUACUAUUAAAAGAAAUGAAGAAAAUUGGACAAUUAUAGAUGAGAAUAGUUUAAAUGGUGUUUUCGUAAACAAAAAAAGAAUUCAAGUCCUUGAGCAACAUGUGAUUAAAACUGGAGAUCUCAUUCAGAUUGGAAAUUCUAAAGACGAACCAUUCUGUUAUAAGCUUCAAGAAAAACUAUUGAAACAUAAACCUCACAAAAGUGACUUUUUGGCUGCAAAAAGACAUAAAUCCGAAAUGCCUGUGAUAAGCAACUCGCCCGAUAAUCCUCUGAAAUUCCUCAAUAAACCUUUUGAUAGAAAAGUGCCUUCUUCCCCAUUGUUAGUUACUUGUUCAGAAAGUAACAACAGUAAUAAUAAUAAUAAUAAUAAAAAUAUUGAUAAUGAAAUCCCCAGUUCUUUGAAAGCGAGGGAUUCAACAAUGUCGGAAAAUGGUUCUACUUCUGACUAUGAGAUCAAGUUAAAAGAACUUGAAGGGCGUUUGCAAAUGAAAGAAGCAGCUUUGAAAUUGGAGAAAGAAAAAUCUAAUUCUCAGGCAAAAGCCAUUGCAAAAUUGGAAGAAAAACGGAAACAGGUUGAAUUUGAACUUCAAAAAACACAGAAAUUAAAAGAUGAAGAGAGAAAGCAACUGGAACAAGAAUUUCAGGACAAAAUGGUGAUGUUGUUAAAGAAAAAAGAGAAAUCUUUGAAGCAAGAUUUGAAGAUCAAAAGAGUUGCCCUGGAGCAAAAGGAGAAAAUUGAGAAAGAACUUCUUAAUAAGUGCAAUUCUGAUAAGGCUACUAUCGAUGAAUUAACUCAGUCUAAGGAAGAAUUGAAACUGAUAAUUGAUAAUAAAGAUGCUGAACGACGCUUACUAGAGAGUCAGUUGCAGGAAGCAAAAUUGGCUAAUUUGAAAGAGCAAGAUGUUGUAUUGAAAACUCGUGAAGAGGUCUUGACUAAAUUUUCUGAGAUGUUAGAAAUGGAGCUACAGUGUAGCAUUUGUAACGAACUGUUUGUGCAGGCCACUACACUCAGUUGUUCACAUACAUUUUGUUUCUACUGUAUACAUAUGUGGAUGAAUAAGAAGAAUGACUGUCCAGUUUGUCGUACUUCUAUUAAGUCCCAGACAAAAGCCCUUGUGGUAGACUCUUAUAUUGAUAAAAUGACUGCUUUCUUCAGUCCAGAAAUGAAAGAAAAAAGAGCUCAAUAUGUUAAGGAAAGAAAAGCUCUCAAAGUACCGCAACCAAAGACAAAGAAAAGGAGACACCCUGAACACCAUGAACAUGUAUUUCAUCAUGAAACAAUACAAGGUGAAAUUCAUAAUUUCUUAGCAGCCUUAACUGGAGAUGAUCUUUCAGACAGCUAUUAUGAGGACUAUGAAGAUGAUUAUGGAAGAAUGUAUUAUGUUUGGUAAGCCCUGUAAAUUUGAAAGCAAAACAAAUUGACAUCACAAUUAGAGAAUUUUAUUUGCAGCAUCUGAAUUUGAAGAGAUUAAAUCCUUUCCGUUUGUGAAAUAUUGCUAACCAGAUGCAUUUUCAAUUUUAACCAAAGGCAAAUAGCGAGAAAUUGGGAGCCAGCCAUUUUAAAAAUACACAUAUGGUUUCUUCAAUAAAAAAAUUUUUUUAAUAUUUUU